UUGUAAUCGUUCCUCAGUCCAGCGUGGUUCCUUCAGAAAGUGUGGUGCAUCUUCUCCAGACUUCUGCGGUAUAUGAGGAGCCAGUGACAGUGAUGAACUCCGAGCAGGAAAGGCCGUUCGUGUGCAGCGCCCUGGGCUGCUCUCAGAGAUUCCCUACGGAGGAUCAUCUAAUGAUUCAUCGGCACAAGCAUGAGAUGACCCUCAAAUUCCCCUCCAUCAAAAAUGACAACAUGCUGUCAGACCAGACACCCACCCCAACGCGCUUCUUGAAGAACUGUGAGGAAGUGGGUCUCUUCAGCGAGCUGGAUUGCUCCAUCGAACAGGAGUUUUGCCAGGCUCAGGAGGAGGAGGACAGCAAACAGAAUAUCACUCUUCAUGGGCAGGGGGGCCCUAACCAGCACCAGCAGACCCACUCAAGAAUGGCCAACCACGACGGCAGCAUAGUGAUCCAGCAGGCACUGCCUUCUCCUCAGUCCAGUUCUGUCAUCACUCAAGCCCCUUCCACCAACAGACAGAUUGGGUAA